AUGGGAGCAAGAGAAGGGCUGAGUCAAUUAUUCUGCAGUGCUUCAGUUUAUGGGCUACAGGCUGGCAGUUUAUCUUGGUUUUUCUACUCUGGAGAUAAAGCCAUGGCUGAAAUGAGUGAUAUCAAUGUACAAAAACUAACCAUUGCUCAGCAAGCAAUAGCCUCUUGUUGUGGAGCUAUAAUUACAUCAUUAUUUGUAACUCCUCUUGAUGUUAUCAAAAUUCGACUGCAAGCCCAAAGGAAUCCAUUCCAUAAAGGAAAGUGUUUUGUAUACUCCAAUGGCCUUAUGGAUCAUGUAUAUGUUUGUGGAAGUGAGGACAGCAAAGCCUGGUAUAAAAAACCUGGACAUUUUAAAGGGACAUGGGAUGCAUUUAUGAAAAUUAUUCGAAUAGAGGGAAUUAAGUCACUGUGGAGUGGGCUUCCCCCAACACUAAUAAUGGCAGUUCCUACCACAGCAGUCUAUUUUACCUGCUAUGAUCAGCUGUGUGAAGUUUUGAAAAAUAGACCAGGAAAGCAUGAUGAGCACAUUCCAGUUAUUGCAGGUUCCUUAAGCAGAUUCAGUACUGCCACUGUGGUGAGUCCGCUGGAGCUGAUCAGAACUCAGCUGCAGUAUCGCAGGUCGUCCUACAAGCAGCUGUACCGGGGUAUCAGCACCAAAGUGGCUGCAGAUGGGUGGUUCUCCCUGUGGCAGGGCUGGACUUCUACUAUUCUCAGAGAUGUUCCUUUCUCAGCAUUGUAUUGGUAUAAUUAUGAACGUUUCAAGAAGAUGAUUUGCAAGAAAGUUGGUGCAAAUGAACCUACAUUUUUUGUUUCUUUUACUUCAGGAGCAGCAGCUGGCUCUAUUGCAGCUGUUGUAACUCAGCCAUUUGAUGUAGUGAAAACACAUAGGCAAACUCAACUUUGGGAGAAUGAGACCUUAAAAAUUCCACAGAGGGACAGUAAAUCAACCUGGGCAGUUAUGAGGAAAAUUGCUACUGGAAAUGGAAUUACUGGAUUAUUUGCAGGUAUUACUCCACGGCUGUUUAAAGUUGCUCCUGCUUGUGCCAUAAUGAUCAGCACCUACGAAUAUGGAAAGUCUUUCUUUUCUCAUUUAAACGAAAAAAAGAAUCAACAUCCAUAAUUCUUCGUCCGGUUGUAUGAAGGCGAAGUAUAUGAUGGAAGUUGUGCCAAAUUUAAAUCUAUGAAGAUGCUUUUUAGAAUUCCAAGUGAAUUUCUACUGUUACAUUUGCUGGAGAGAAAAAAGAAAGGAAGGAAGAACAAAAGAAAAAAGAAA